AGAGUUGCGGUAUCCCACCGGAAUUUGCAAACCGUCGACCAGAACGCCCACCAUUUUCCUCCCAUUUUUUCUUUAUUUAUAAUCCAAAUUCCUAUGGCGACCUGUUUUACUUCUUGAGGAAAUCAGCUCCUUUUUCUCUUGCAUUUUCAACAACCAAUCAGGCCAGGUUAAGGAUUUUAGAAAUCAGGAUUGGUUGUUUCUUGCAUUUCGUUCAUCUCGAGGAAUGGUGGGAUCGGAAAGUGAGAAGAAGGAGAGCAAGUCUGAGGGAAAGCCAUGGAGAUGGGUUAUAAUUGGUGCCGUCAUUGCUCUUAUUGUUGCUUUAACUACAGCUUCGAUUACUACCUCUAAGAUUUCUCAAUUUGGUCAGCAUUGUAGCUGCCCUCAGAGGUAUAGUGGCAUGGUGGAGGACUGUUGUUGCGACUAUGAGACAGUGGACCGUCUUAAUGAAGAAUUGUUAUAUCCAUCUCUCCAAGAUCUUGUGAAAACCCCAUUUUUUCGAUAUUUCAAGGUUAAGUUGCAGUGUGACUGCCCUUUCUGGCCUGACGAUGGCAUGUGCCACUUGAGAGAUUGCAGCAUAUGUGAAUGCCCGGAAAGUGAAUUCCCCAAAUCAUUUAGGGCACCUUUCCAUCAAGGUCUUCCAUUGGAUAAACUUCAAUGUCAAGAAGGAAAGCCUCAGGCUGCAGUUGAUUGGACCCUUGACAGUAAAACAUUUAGGGGAUGGACAGACAUAGAUAAUCCCUGGACAAACGAUGAUGAGACGGACAAUGCUGAGAUGACAUAUGUGAAUCUUCAGUUGAACCCUGAACAAUACACUGGCUACUCUGGUCCAUCAGCUAGAAGGAUAUGGGACGCCAUUUACUCUGAGAACUGCCCCAAAUAUCCAUCUGAAGAGUUGUGUCAAGAGGAAAGGAUAUUGUACAAGCUGAUAUCUGGUCUUCACUCCUCUAUUUCAAUUCAUAUAGCGGAUCGUUAUCUACUUGAUGAGUCUAAAAACCUGUGGGGACGCAAUGAUACAUUGAUGUAUGACCGAGUUGUAAGAUACCCUGAUCGUGUUAGAAACCUAUACUUCACGUACCUUUUUGUUCUCCGAGCUGUUAUGAAGGCUGCAGAUUAUUUGGAACAAGCUGAAUAUGACACUGGUAACCCUACUGAGGACCUCAAGGCACAUUCCUUGAUGAGACAACUACUCUAUAAUCCAAAACUUCAAGCAGCAUGCCCGCUUCCAUUUGAUGAAGCUAAGUUGUGGAAGGGUCAACGUGGACCUGAACUGAAACAGAAAAUUCAAGGAGAAUUCAGAAACAUUAGUGCAUUGAUGGACUGUAUAGGCUGCGAGAAGUGCCGACUUUGGGGAAAGCUUCAGGUUCUUGGUCUAGGUACUGCACUGAAAAUCCUCUUCUCUGACAAUGGCUGGGAUCACUUGGGUCAGACUUUGCAGUUGCAAAGGAAUGAAGUGAUUGCCCUGAUGAAUCUCCUUAAUCGACUAUCAGAAUCUGUCAAGCUGGUCCAUGAAAUGGGAUCUGCCCUUGAAAUGAUGAAAGGACAAAUUGCUCCACCCAUUGCUCCAAGUAGCCUGUGGAAAAGAAUGCAAUCAUUGUUAUUUAGAUCAUAGCAAAUAGUAAGCAAUUGGUGAGAACUCAGCAAUUAAGCCAAACAUACUUGCAAAAGAUAGAUUAGGAAGCCACAAUCAAUGUUAAAAGGGAAAAGUUGCUGUGGACAGAAUACAACAGAUGUGUAAAGUAAAGAGUAAUCUCGACAAAUAUAGUGUUGGCGAAUUGUAUUUAUUUUCCUCAUGUAAGCUGGUUGCCCAGGGCCUUUCUGUGUUAGACCCUUUGAAACCGUCCUCCUAAUGAAAAGGAAAAACGUUAAAAUAGAAUCUUUGAGCUAUGACCACCUGGAGUUUGUUGUGUUUUA